GCGACGGGAGCCUGGAGUCUAUUAGCUAGUCCUCCGUGAUAUCCAUUUCUGUUGCGCCAUAAAAUUGGCCGGCUUAAUUUGGAUCCUGCCGUUCCCACCACCUGAACAAGAAGCUUGGACGGUCAUCUGCACCAGGCCUCAGGUGGUAUUGUCUUGUUAUGCAACCCCCCUAAUUGUGUGAGGGAUAUACCGUGCACGGGAAAGCGAGUAGUCUCGAGGGAUACUCGGAAUGGUCACCCGUCCGGCAUUACCAGUUCAGGUCUCACAGCAGGUGACAUUGAAGGGCAAAUUUCUCGUGGGAAAUUGCGAAUAUGUCGGCGACAGGUGGCGAGGCACCGGUCUGAAGGAAGGGAGGCCAUCACCACCGGCGACGGCCGCUGUUCGGACUGGGAUUAGCGCUGCAUAAUGAGGUUUUGCGUCUCGACUAACCUCUUUAUCACCACCUUCUGAAUUCUUCAGCGUGGUGGCACGAUUCCAGUCGCCAGCCGCAUUCGACUUGCCUCUUCUACAUGGAAGGCGGCUUGAUUGCUGUCUGCAGAGCUCAGAGGGGGGACUACCAUAGUAUAGGUACCAGUGUCGCCUGAAGCUAGCAUGGAAGCGUAUGGGGGAUGACACGAAGCGAGAGCGUGCUGUUCGCGGAAUUCGUUCCUGGAGUCUGUUCGUGGAAUAACCUCCUCGUCCCCACUGCUUAUUAUAGAUCCCCACACCUGUAUCCUAUAAUAUAUAGUAAGUGGUCAAGGCUCGGCCUGCUC